CUCUCUGUCACUCACAGCUUCAAGAGGCUUCCUGUAAGACCCAGACACAUAGGCUGUGGUUACAAGUGGAAAAUGUCACUGGGCACUUAAAAGAAGAGAGCGGGGUGAGAAUGGGGAGACAGAAGGAUGAGUGUGAGUGACAGAAAGAGAGAGAGAGUGAGUGAGAGAGAGAGAGAGAGAGAGAGGGAGAGGGGGAGAUUGCUCAAGAAAGUGAGAUAGUGAUGUUCGAGUAGAAAGAAAGGGGGGACAGAAAGAGAUAGAGGAAAAGGAAAUCUUCUCUAAAUUUGCCCGUCCAGAGGAGGAGACGACAAUGUGUUUCCUCUCAGGGACCACCUGCUAUCUUUGCUGACCAAGACUAAUGAGUCAUAUUGUGGUCAUGGCUGUGGUGAUGUUGUGGCCCUCAUACGUCCUGGUAGUUCUGUUUUCGGCUCCUGCAGCUCACUGCCAAAAAGAGUCCCAAGGACUCUACUGUGUAAAUGACUUUGUCAACAACGUCAGCUGCACAUGGAACAGCACUGCGGUGGCUCCAGGUGUGGACUGCUGGAUCUAUGGUGCAAAGGAAACCUGGACCUAUGAAGAAAACAAAAGAGUUUACAGAAUAAUUACGCGAGGCUGCAAGCUGAAACAACACAGAACCUCUCCUCCAGGCUGCAGUUUUGUCUUCGACAAAGAAGAAUUCAACUGUUAUGAUGUUAUGCCCAACAUCAGCGUGAAGUGUAAUGGCGAGCUGUUGGGGAGCCUCGAAAACUAUGACCCAGGCUUUCACAUAAAAAUGAAUCCUCCAGGUAAUCCCAAUGUCAGUAUUGCUGCUAAUGAGACCUUGAUAUCAUGGAGUCCGGGCAGCCGCGUCUCUGACUUCUUUGCAUCCUUUGCUUUCCAAGUUGAGCUCAACCAAACGAGGGAGGUCAAUAUUUUGUCUUUACGAGAACAACAGCUACUGAUACCUUCCUGGCAGCUACAGGGGCACUGCCAGGUUAGGGUGAGAGUCAAGCCCAGUGACAAGAGUACGUGUGGCCAUAGCACACACUGGAGCAACUGGAGUCCAACAACAUCCUGGAGGGCAGGGAAAAUUGAGGCAACAACAUCACGGGAUCAAGAUUGGUUUCUGGAUCAGACAUCACUGGCUGUAUGGGUAGUGAUGUUGAGCUUUUCUCUCUUUGUUCUACUGCUGAUCUUUUACAUGAGUUGCAUGAUCAAGAGGCGUCUCAAACUGAAGCCUGUACCAAACCCUUCCAAAUACUUCCCCACUCUCCACUCUGUCCAUGGAGGAAAUCUUAAGAAAUGGCUAAAUCCAGCCUCUGAAUCAUUCUUCACGACUCAGCCAUGCGACCACAUCUCCCCGGUGGAGGUGUGUGAAAGCUGGGAUGUGGUCCUCUCCAGCUCUCCCUCCUCCAGCUCCACCAGUGCUCUGCUUAACUUCAGGAGCUACCCCUCUGCUGGCUUAGACACCAGCGGGGUUGUUGAUAAUUCCUCCUCUUCCUCUGGCUUCUCUAACAUUGGUUACUUCAUGUCCAGCUCUCCAGCUAGCGUACCUCAAACUGACCCCACUCCUGCUUAUUUCACCUACCAGGACGAUUUCCACAAUCCGCACAACAGCCACAACCUUCACCUCUCCCUCUGCCCUUCCUUCACCUUGUCCCGGGCCUAUGAGAGCUUGAAGAGGGAGCCACAGAGCCCAGACUCUGGUUUUGGCAUCGAACAGGAAGAAGAGGACAGGCAAUAUGAAGAGGGUGUGGAUGUAGAAGGGGAAGAGGUUUCAGAUGAUCACCAGAAGUCGCCUCUUCUUAUCCUCCCCCUGCAUCUUCCCUCCUGGGUGUGCCCUCCCUCCUCUGCUCUACUGCCUCCUCAUCCUCCCAGUCUAACUCAGAUAUGCUCUGAUAGCCAAGAGGUGGAUGAUGCACCUGUGGUGGCAGCUUGUGGUAGCUAUGCAGCCUGGCCUGUGGCUGGUGCCAUGUGCAGGUCUUCCUCAAUGCCUGUUGAGCCCUCUAAAACAGGCUAUCUCACCCUCAAAGAACUACAGACCACUUUCAGCAAUAAAUCCAUUUGAAAAGGUGUGUCUGUAUCUGGUGGAAUCCCUGUCUGAUCUUUUAAAUUGCUGUAUAUUCUGGGUUGAUUGUGUAGCAGCUGUCUGCUGCUACUGGAAACAAGGUUGAUAAGAGUAUUGAGCGUGAACCAAAACAAUGAGCUAAAAGAGGCUAAAAAGCUACAUAGAGCUGAGGGUGACUGCAAGGUCACGUGAUAAUUCUAUCUUUUCUUUCCUAUGAACAACACCUGUCACAUUACAUGUAAUCAUUUAGUUCAUUGUUUCUGGAAAAAAUAAGUUUGAUUUUUAAUAUUAUUGUUUAUAAUUUUACAUCAUCCAAAACAGUUAAUGUAGUUUGCUAGCGAGUGCUACUCAAAUAGCAUUAGCAAUAGAAUUACUUCAGAGCUCACCACUAACACCAGUAAUGAACACCAUUAAAGGUGUCAUUACAUUUUGGACUCUUAACAAGUACUUUAAACUAUCCAUUCUUUAGUUUCAGUGAGCAUUAAAGUAGACAUUACUUAAAUGCAACCGUCAGUUAUUAAUGAUGCUGUCUUUAAAAAUGCAGUUUUGCUUUUUAUUACUUUAACUUAUAUCUUACAAAGACUUCUUAUGAGAGCUCUUGAAAACUACUAGUAACAUUUUAAAAAAAUCUUCAUUCCUGCAGGCAGAUCUGGGAUUUUGAAAGUGACAAGUGCUUUGAUUAUAUGAAUAGUGAUUAAUUGCUUUAAGUAAGGUACAUAAGCAUUACUUCAGAGUGGAGUCAUGAGGAGAUAUUAUAGUGUAUGAAGCUGUUAUCGCUUGUUAUUGCUCUAAGUUGAUGUUUAAGUGAAUGAAACUAACCAACUCUAUCGCAACAGUUAAACAUCUACAUCACUGACUCUAUCUACUGAUUUACUGUCAAAGGAAAGGCAACUGGUUUGCCACUGAUGUUUCUGUCUGUCUUAUGUCUUAUUAUGCAUUUUUACAUCAAUCACGACCUUUAAUCAUCAUUUUUAAUUAUUUUAGAAGCAGAUUCACAGUAAUAGCUGCACCAGGUAAACCUUGCUGUCUACAAUAAAGGAUUGUGUGUGUGCAUAGCAGAUUUGGAACAAUGUCUAUUGCACUGCUUAUUCUACAUUCAUGUAAAUCAAUGAGGUCAGCGAUAAAUGUUGCUACUCUUGUCUCUACACAUGCAGUAUAUUUCCGUUGCACUUAGUGACAUCUGUGCAGAGACCAAACAAAAUAAAAGCUCUGGUAGAAAUGGG